AUGACUGGUGACGAUGCGACAUUUGCCAUAGAUGGUGGUGUUAGCUAUAAAGAUGUGAAAGGACAUGCUACAAAAAUAGGUGCCAGUUUCGGUGAUGGUGUAGGUGUCAGUGGUAGUGUUGGUUCCUAUAGUGGUGUUGGUGAUAGAGGUGGUGGUCGUAUAUGUGAUGGAG